UUGAGCCACAUGAGCGCUGCGCGAACGAUCGGGUACUGUUGUGAUGGAGACGAGAGGCUCCUUGUUGCUGAGUACAUGCCAAAUGACACUCUUUGCAAGCAUUUGUUUCACUGGGAAAAUCAAACGAUUGAAUGGGCUAUGCGUUUAAGGGUGCCGUACUAUAUCGCUGAAGCCUUGGAUUAUUGUAGUGCUGAAGGACGGCCUUUGUAUCAUGACCUAAAUGCAUAUCGAGUUCUCUUUGAUGAGGAUGGUGAUCCACGUCUUUCAUGUUUUGGUCUUAUGAAAAACAGCAGAGAUGGGAAAAGCUAUAGCACAAAUCUUGCUUACACACCUCCAGAGUAUUUAAGAAAUGGAAGGGUCACUGCAGAAAGUGUGAUAUUUAGCUUCGGUACUGUUCUGUUGGAUCUUCUUAGUGGAAAACACAUUCCUCCAACUCAUGCUCUUGAUAUGAUAAGAGGAAAAAACAUUCUGCUUUUGAUGGAUUCACACUUGGAGGGGAAUUUUUCAACAGAAGAAGCAACAUCACUGAUGGAUCUAGCUUCCCGGUGUUUGCAAUAUGAACCUAGAGAACGUCCGAAUACAAAAGACCUGGUUGCAACUCUGGAACCAUUACAAACAAAAUUAGAGGUUCCAUCUUAUGUGAUGUUGGGGAUUUCUAAGCAUGAAGAGGCUCCAGCUACUCCUCAGCACCCGUUAUCUCCUAUGGGCGAAGCCUGUUCCAGAAUGGACCUCACAGCCAUUCAUCAAAUUCUAGUCACGACACACUACAGAGAUGAUGAGGGAACUAAUGAGUUAUCAUUUCAGGAGUGGACACAGCAAAUGAGAGACAUGUUGGAUGCAAGGAAGCGUGGGGAUUUUGCCUUCCGAGACAAGGAUUUUAAGACGGCAAUUGACUGCUAUACUCAGUUCUUAGACGUAGGGACGAUGAUCUCGCCUACAGUAUACGCAAGGAGAAGCCUUUGUCAUCUCAUGAGCGACCAACCCGAUGCUGCUCUCCGCGAUGCGAUGCAAGCUCAGUGUGUCUACCCUGAGUGGCCCACAGCAUUCUACAUGCAGGCAGUGGCCUUAGCCAAGCUCGACAUGCACAAUGAUGCAGCUGACAUGCUUAACGAAGCCGCAGGGCUAGAAAAGAAGAGGCAGAAUGGAAUGAAAGCUUCGUAAGUGGUCCUGUAAAUUAUAACAGGAUCUUGUCCAUGUUGUUUAUUUGUUGACAGAGGGAGGUUGGUUCAGUUGGAAUGUUCGUGUAGGCCUGUUGGUGAAAUGUAAUAUAGGGAAAAGGCCUUUGGUUGCAUCAAUGCAUUUGGGUUGCCCAUUGCUGGUAUAAUUCGUUUGCCCUGAUGUAAAUGUUGGAUAGAAAAUUAUAACAUAAGCAUGACUUUUUAUAAA